CGGGACCCACAGUUGAAACACAUUCUCCUGCCUGACUGGAGACUUUCUCCGUUUAAAUUGAAACUAAACUGUAAAUCACGAGGAACUGAUCACAGUUAACUGGGGCGGAGAUGGAAAUAUCGAUGGAGGCAGAGGAUGGAGAGCGAAGAUGGGAACACUGGAAGCUCCUGAAUAAUCUAAAGACGACGGUUGAAGGGCUGCUCUCGACCAACAAUCCUAACGUAUGGUCUCGCUAUGGGGGUCUUCAGCGCCUGCACAAGGACAUGAAUAAUAUCUUGGGCCAUGGCUUAAAACAUGAACAGGUUUACUAUAAACAAAAAGACUACUGGCGGUUUGUGUGGUGUGUGCGGUAUCUUUGUCCUCAUUUAGCCCGUAAUGUUGAACAGUUCAGUCAGUUAGAGCCAGUGAUGAGUAGUGGCAUGCAGAGCUUUGGAGAGGGUUAUAAAGCCGAACGCUGGCUUCUACACAGCCUCCAAGCUCACAUCUUAUCUGCUCAGCUCAAGCCACUGCUGCAACACAAGGCGAACAUACAGAAAUAUUACAACGAUGGAGCCUUCCUGUUGAGUGAGCCACAUGUAUCUGCUAUGUUCCAGUGUCUUGAGGCGGUAGAGCAGAAUAACCCUCGACUACUGGCACUCAUCGACACUGUCAGGCUCUCACACCUGAAAGAGUCUCCUCCCAUGGGUUUGCUAAAGAGCCAGAGUCUGGUUUUGCUCCCCGGAGCCACAGGAAGUUGGAAGACUCCAGAGAGCUCACAGUCCCAUAGAUUCACCAUCUCCCAGAGCUGCCUUACAGAGAUUCCCAGCAGCCCACACUCCAGCAAUAGCUCAGAUGUUACUCCGUCCAGCAGUGCUCAGGGUGCACCAUGGGUGUGCGGUGGAAGAAAUCAGAGCCCUCCAAACACAGGAAUCCCCCAGAUCUCCUUCACAGAACCCGCCUCACCUGCUUCGGCUGAGAUCCGGGAUUGUACGGAUGCCGAUCUCGAUGAUGGGCCAGAAUAUUUGGCUAUCGGAAAUCUGGGGAAGCACAAACGACGGGAUUCGUCCGGCUCAAAUCAGAGCAAUGAACUCACAGGCACUCAGGGGGCCACCCACACGGCUUUGGCUCCACCCCCACCGCGACGCUCCUCUUUCUCAGAAGCUCAGAAGAGUAAAGGGCAGAGCUCCAGGGGCCACAUUCGCUCUCUAUCCGACACGGGCAUCACUCAGAAACAGAAGAAUGAAUCAGUUGCGGAUACACCGUGCUCGAAGAGCUGUGGUCCAUUCUCACCACAGAGCAGUGACAGCAGCUCCCACAGUUCACUUUAUAUGGAGUCUAAUGGCACCCAGUACAACAGCGUGCCAGACGGAUUGUUCCGCAGACCGUCUGAGGGUCAGAGUCUGAUCAGCUACCUGUCAGAGCAGGACUUUGGCAGCUGUGCUGAUCUGGAAAAGGAAAAUGCCCACUUCAGCAUCUCAGAGUCACUGAUUGCAGCCAUCGAGCUGAUGAAGUGUAACAUGCGCAGGCCGUUAGAGGAAGCAGAGGAAGAGGGCGACAGCGACUCUGAAAUCCAGCAGCUCAAACAGAAAAUACGUAUGCGCAGACAGCAGAUACGGCACAGCCGACUGCAUCCUCCUGGGACCUCUUGUGGGGUCUCGUCCAUUGACAGCGGCGGGUCGCGGAGGAGCUCUCAAGAUUCAUUCCACGCCUCUGACUCCGGCUCAGAUAGAGAAGUGGAAGAUAUUGAGCUCAGAGAUGACAGUGAUGGCCAGUCCCUGCUGGCGGUGUCUCAGAACGGCCUGUCUCUGUCUCUAGCGUCCCUUUUUUCAGAUGCAGAUAUCAAACGCAGGGCAACAUCUAACAGUAGAUCCUUCCUCAGCUCAGAGUCCAUCUCUCCAUCCAUGCUACAGUCCAACUCAGCAGAAUCUGUGGCCAUGGGUCUCCUCAGACAGUUUGAGGGCAUGCAGCUGCCCGCCGCCUCAGAACUCGACUGGCUGGUUCCAGAACAUGAUGCUCCUCAAAAGCUUCUACCAAUACCAGAUUCUCUACCUAUAUCACCUGAUGAUGGCGAACACGCAGACAUUUACAAACUACGUAUCCGAGUUCGUGGAAAUUUGGAGUGGGCUCCUCCAAGACCCCAGAUCAUCUUCAAUAUUCACCCUCCUCCAAAGAGGAAAGUUGUGGUGGCUAAGCAGAACUACCGCUGUGCUGGAUGCGGCAUUCGCAUUGAUCCAGACUACAUAAAGAGGCUGCGGUACUGUGAGUAUCUGGGCCGGUACUUCUGCCAGUGUUGUCAUGAGAAUACACAGGCCGUUGUGCCAGGAAAGAUCCUCAGGAAGUGGGACUUCAGUAAAAGCUACGUCAGCAACUUUGCCCGAGACUUGCUGGCCAAGAUUGCAGGAGAUCCUCUCUUCAACCCAAACGACAUCAACAGCGGCCUUUACAAGAAGGUCAAAGCUCUGGAUAUAGUGCGAGCAUUGAGAGAACAGCUAAACCACAUGAAGAACCUCUUAAAAACGUGCCGUUUGGCUAAAGAGGUUUUAGAUCAGUUUGACACACUUCCUGGACAUCUGACUGAAGAUCUGCACCUCUUCUCUCUCGAUGACCUCACUGCUGUACGCAGUGGCAGUCUGGCACCAAAACUGCGAGAUCUGCUCCGUCUCGGCUCCAGUCACGUCUCCGACUGUGUGCUUUGCCAGGCCAAGGGCUUCAUAUGUGAGUUCUGUGGAAAUGACAAAGACAUUUUCUUCCCCUACGAGCUGAACAAAUGCCUGCGCUGUGAAGAUUGUCAUGCGUGCUAUCAUAAGACCUGCUUUAAGAGUGGGAGGGAGUGUCCUCGUUGUCUGAGACUGGCCAAGAGGAGGGAGCGGAUGGCGCGCAAGAACAUGGAAGAGCUGGAGGACAGAAAAGAGGAGGAGGCAAGUGGCACAUAGAAAUAACCCCAUGACAGCCCAACAGAAUAGUGAAUGUAUGACUGAUUCCCGUCCCAAAUAAGCUGCUUUAAAAGCCCUACUGUGCAGCAUAAUGACUUAACAGCAAAUAAUAGUUUUAAACUGCAAAUAAUAAGCUUUUUCUUUUUAAGGAUUGCCAUGUUCAAGUGUGAAACUGCAUUUAUUUUUCGAUUUGCCAUAUUUUUUUGUUGCCUCAGUUCAGUCUCCACCCAUAAAAAGCCACUUUGUUUUAAUCAAGAGGGUGGCAAGUCUUGUGUCGAGUAAACUUUAAUGUGUUUAUCAAAUCAGUCAUGUUUUUUUUAAAGUAUCCACCUCUUGUUGUUUAUAUUUAUUAGUAUUAACAUUACUGUCAUGUGCCUAUUUAAUGACUGUUGGCUUGUGACAACUAGAUUUUGAGAACGGCAGCUGAACUCAAAACAGGUGGUCUUGCACAAACAAGCGUUUUUUUCUCGAGAGGUUUCUCGAAGUGCCAGGCCCAAAUUAUUAUUUUGAAAAGCUACAAGAUAAUUUGCCUCAUUUAUAAAACAUGAGCAGAAUGGAUUUGUGUAAAUCGUUUGUAAAACCAUUCUUGCGGAAAUUGAAUAUUGAAUGCAACCGUAAAACAAAAGCAAAACAAAUUUAGAUAAAUUAUUCGUAAGACCAUUUAAUUUAACUCUGCUUGUUAAUAAAACCAUUCUCCCAUAAACUUCUGAACGAUUUAGACAAAGAUUCACUCUGCUCGUUUAUAAAUCAACUCUUGGGUAAAUUUCGAUUUUACGAAUCAUUUACACAAAUAUUCUUUGUGCAUGUGAAACCAUUCUUACAGAAAAUGUUUUUGUUUUAUGAACGGUUUACGCAGAAAUGAAUUCUGUUUGUUCGUAAAACCAUUGUUACGUAAAUUGUCGUAUUGAAUCUGACAAUUAUCCUCGUUUGUGAAAAGGAAGCAAAACAAAUUUAGGUUCGAUUAUUCGUAACACCAUUGCAUUACACACAAAUUCGUUCCUUCUCCUUCAUAAAACUAUUUCGAUUGUUUUGGUUUUAUAUAUUAUUUUACAGGAAUUUGUUCUGCUCAUUAAUAAAACCAUUUUUUGUGCUAUUUUGUUUUGGACAGAUUCGUUCUGCUCAUUCAUAAAACAAUUCUUGCGUAAAUUGUCCCUUGAAUGACUUUUUGAAGGAUUUAAACAGACAUUUGUGCCCGUAUUUCACAAAGGAGGUACAAUUUAUGUAAGAACGUUAACGAACAAUUUACACAGAAAUAUUUUUCCUGUUCUAGUAAACAAUUUUGCAUUAACUGUUUCUAAGAACUAUUUAAAUAAAUAUGUGUUCUGCCUGUUCGUAAAACCAUUACUGCGUAAAUUGUAGUUUUGAAUCGAAUUGAACAAUUUGCGUAAGAAUAGUUUUAUGUAAGCUUUAUUUAGAAGUGUGUGCUUGUGUUUCACUGAUGAGGUACAAUUUAUGUAAGAAUGCUUUAACAUUUAUGCUGAAAUUCAUUCUGCUUGCUCGUAAAACCAUUCUUACAUAAAUGUUUUGGUUUUAUGACGUUUACACAGAUAUUCGUUCUGCUUGAUUGUAAUAUCAUUUUUGCAUAAAUUGCCGCUUUGAAUUGAGUGCAUCAAUUUACGUACUGUAAAAAUUGUUUUAUAAAGGAUUUACACUGAAAUUUGUUCUUGUUUAUGCUUUAACGAGCAAUUUAUACAGAAAUGUGUGUAAAUAAUGCUAUAACGAACCAUUUAUGCAGAAAUUUGCUUUUGUUUCACAAAUAAGGCCCAAUUUUAGGUCUUAUAACAUUUUGCACCUACAAAAAAGGCACUUUGUUUGUAUAGUUUCCUGAUCUUUUCUUACACAAACUGUCUUUUAUUUAAUUUGCACUAGUUUCAUGAUGUUUGUGUGGUCGAGAAUUGUAUUAAUGUCUGUUUGAACUGGAAAAGUUCCAACAUCUCACAAUGAAUCUCAAAUGAUCUUUGAACAGCGGCCUUGAUGCACAUAUCUGACCAAUGAAGGUACGUGUGUAAAAAGACAAUUGUACCAAAGUGUUAUUUGCUUAAAAGAGUUUAUUAAGUUGUAAUAUAAUGCACUACAUCAUUUUGAACAAGUUAGUUUUAGCUGUUAAUGGAUAUGGAUCACGUUGUAGGAGAAAGAUUGAACAUAAAACCCCAUUUGUCUGCUGCUGUGAGUAUAUUUGAAGCAAUAACAACCAUGUACUUUUCAUUCACAAUCAUUAAUAACUUGAAUGCACUGACCUUAAGUAUGUGAGAUUGAAUGAAUGGAAACACUUGCUUUGAUGUGGCUGCUUAUGAGAGAUAAUAUUAAGUUUAGAACUCUUUUCCUUUAAUCCUGCUGAUGAUCUGUCUACUUGAGUGUAUUGUUGCUAAAUUACUGAAUUGCCUUUUUUAUUCAGGGGGUUUUGAUGAGAUAAAGUGCACUAUUUGAAAAAUGUACAUAACAUAAUUUCUUAUUGUUAUGAAUAUGUAAC